GAUCCACCGAGGUUUCUUGUGCGUGCCGCCAUGGCCAUGGCAGUAGCUCACCUUCUUCCUCAGCUCUCCGCCGAAGGCAAUGGAGCUAGCAGGAACAGAAUGGCCAUUCUCUUGAUUCUUCAGCUUUUUCUCUUGACGGUUCUUUGUUCCAUAACUGAUUCAGCGCUAGGCGUGGAUGGAGCGGCGUCGUUCAUCUUCACCAACGCCUGCAAGCACGCGGUGUGGGUGGGCGCGCUCCACGGCGCCAGCUCGCCGCCGCUCGCGCGGUCGGGCUUCUACCUGGCGCCGUCCGCCACGUCCAGCAUGGACGCGCCGUCGUCGGGGACAUGGUCCGGCACGUUGUGGGCGCGCACGGGCUGCGUGGCCGACCCCGCCACCGGGCGCUUCUCCUGCGCCACGGCCGACUGCGGCACGGGCGACGUCGCGUGCCAGGGCCGCGGGCCGGCGCCUCCGGUCUCGCUCGUCGAGGUCACGCUCGCCGCGCCGGGCAGCGGCAGGCCGGACUUCUACGACGUCAGCCUCGUCGACGGCUUCAACGUGCCGGUGCGCGUGGCGCCCUCGGGCGGCGGCGGCGACUGCCGCCCCGCGGCUUGCGCGGGCGACGUAAACGCCGUGUGCCCCGGGGACCUCCGCGUCGUCGCAUCGUCCGGCGGCGGCGUCGUAGCGUGCAAGAGCGCGUGCAUCGCCUACGGCAGCGCGCGCUACUGCUGCACCGGGCAGUACGGCACGCCGGCGAUGUGCGGCCCGACCAACUACUCGCAGGUGUUCAAGAGCGCAUGCCCGUCGGCCUACAGCUACGCCUACGACGACGCCACCAGCACCUUCACCUGCUCCGGACCUUCCAGCUAUGACGUCACCUUCUGCCCUGCGAACUAAUGAACGCCCUGAUAUCAUAUAGUAGCUAGGGAAUUACGAUAUUACAUCUAGACUAGGUAUUUCUUCAAAAAAAAUUAUAGAGAGAUCAAGUAGAAGCAAUAUGUUGAUGUUGUCAUCCACGACACAACACACAAAUGCAUAAAAUUAAUUUAUAUUAUUAUUCCAUACAUAUGCUAAUCACAAUUCACACAUGGAAACUGGAAAAUAGGGUGGUUCACCUCUAUAAAGAAAUGUUCCAAUGCU